GAGAUAACGGGUAAUCGUCACGCAGAUAACAAGUGGUGUUACUGUACUCGAAGACCGCAAUUGCGCCCACACGUCAACAAGAAAGAUAUAUAUAUGAGAUUUGUUCUAUCAGGAACAUCGACUCAUUCGAGAAUAUGACGGACCCCAUGAAGCCUCUGGAUGCUGCGCCGCGUUCUGACCUUGAGAACACCAGCGCGCCGUCGCCUGUGUCUCAUCGGCGAUUUGCCAUUGCGGGAAUUCUCACGACGGCAUUCGGUCUCGAAGAAUUACCAUCAGAAGCGGCUGAGGUUGCCUGUCUUUGGUUACUACACCCAAGACUAGCUACCCAAGAACGAAUGACUAGUAUCGCGACGGCAGUCAUCGCCGACUGGAAUUCCAAGAUCCAGGGCGCUUGCUCCGAUUCAAGUCGCCCUGCCAAAGGCCUAAUUGCCGUAGCGUUCGACCAAAGAAACCAUGGGACAAGGCUGGUUGAUCCCUUAGCCAAUGAAGCUUGGAAACAAGGAAACCCUCGUCAUGCCCAAGACAUGUUCUCGAUCUUCCAGGGCACUGCCCGUGAUGUGUCUCUCUUGAUCGACUAUAUCCCAUCUUAUGUCUUCCCCAGAUCAGAACGCAAGAUAUCUGAUAACUUGGUUCUGGGUGUUUCUCUAGGCGGACACGCUGCCUGGAGCUGCAUCCUGCACGAGCCCCGCAUAAGUGCGGGCGUUGUCAUCAUUGGUUGCCCUGAUUAUGUGAAUCUCAUGGCCGAUCGCGCAAGACUGUCCAGGCUGCCGUCCUGGACCGAUAGCGAAGCUCCUGGCUCCGAUUUCUUAGGCUCUGAGGAUUUUCCGGGCUCAUUGCUCGAUGCCGUUCGAAAAUACGACCCCGCGGGCUUGUUCUUGAGCCAAAUGGACUCAACGUCGAUACCUAGUGCUCUCCGCAGCGAAUCCUUGCCGGCUCCCACAGAAAGUGAGAAGGUCUCCCUACGCCCUUUACUCGAUCGUUGUUUAGCAGGGAAGAGAAUCCUUAACCUAUCGGGCGGGAUGGAUAAAUUGGUACCCUACCAUCGAGGAAGCGCAUUUUUGACUUGGUUUAAACAAGCAAUCUCAUCCAGUGGGUGGUUUGCUGAUGGAUUGGUCACCCUGGAAGACAUUGUCGAUGAGCACGCUGGACACGAGGUAACUCCCCAAAUGGUCAACGAAGCGGUCCGGUUCAUUCGUGAGACACUCGAGACCAAUAGUGCGUGCCUCAGGACGGGUUCCGUUCGAGAGGCUAAGAUGUAGACAUGCCACAAGAUGAUCGAAUACAACUAUUUAUAUUGCUAUUGCAUGUAAAAA